AUGGCACAACAUGCUACCGCGGCCCCUCCAGGAUGGCUCACCGCAAACGAGCAUCGCAGUAACCUUGUCUCGACUCCAGGGAAGCGGAAAGCGGAUGACGAACUGGAAUCCCAAUCCAACAUAUCCUCUCACUUUAAGAAACUCCGUCUGAACCAGAAUCGCAAUCACAUCACGCCGACGCAGUCUACACUCGGAGGCCAACCCUCGUCCCCUUCUGACCCCGGACUCUCUUUUCGGCCUCACGUAGCCAACACAGACGCUCGGCCUGCGCUUCCCCACCCAUCCUCGUCGCAGCAUGUUGCUCAUUCAAAAUAUGGCGAGGACACCACUCCUCAGGGGCAGAAUCAACCCUACUCUCACUUCGCCAACACCCAAAAGCCACCUUCGCUGUCGGACGCAGCGUUCAUGACCGACCGAAGCCCUCCGCACCAAACGAUUCUCAGUGACCGACAAAGAGAGGAUGAAGAGUCAAUGACAGUAGACGACACUCCGAACCGCAUCUUCAUUACGAACUUGGCGUCUGAAAUCGCCCAGAUCGAAGCCGACGAGGCAGCGUCCAAAUACACCGUGUUCCUUCCAGACAUUGACAAGAAAGUGUCUGCGCUCCCAACACACCUCCUGAACAACAACUACGUCCACGGGUCGCAUUCUCCUUCUUAUUCGUCUCUAAUGUCUCCUACUGCUGCAGCGGCAUCUCCGAGCACAGCACUAGUCCUGUAUCGGGACCCAACUAGUAUAACUGUACCGGAAGAGGAAGAUGCAGUCCGCAAAGCCAUCAUAGCAGCACGGCAGAGAGCGAGGGAGAAGUCGGCCGAGCAUGUUCAGAGAGAUAGAGAACAAACACAGCAACUCCAUCAUGGGAAGAGUGGAGGCGUGAGUGCGGGCGAUAGCGAUAUAGACCUUGAUGACGGCGACGACGACGCCAUGACGGAUCGGUCGUCUCAUCCUGACAAAGACGAAUAUCUGGAUGCUAUGGAUAUUGAGUGA